AUGGCCGGUCGCGAGGGCUCUCCCGGGCCAUUGCGCUACCGCCUUUGGUGCGGCGGGCUCUACAAAGACAUCACUGAAGAUGAGAUCCGGCAGAGAGUCGAGCCUUUCGCCGAUGUCAUCAAAGUGAUGCUGCGGAGCUCUGUGAAAGAUACCUUCUGCUUCAUCCAGUUCCGUAGUCAGAAGGACAUGGACAUUGCACGGGAGAAGCUCGAUCAAUCCAAUCUUUUGGGCGACCGCGUUUGCGCGCAGCCGGCCACAGCUGACAAGAAGAAGGAUGGCGGGCCACCCGUCUACGAGAGCCGCAGACCACCGAAGGCCGAGGGGAUGGGAAAGGGAGGCGGCAAGGACAAAGGGUCGGACUACGGCCGACGACCCCGCAGUCGCACUCCUGCAGGCCAUGAUGACCGGCACGGUGGCAAAGGCAAUCAGAAGCCUCGCUACCAGGACGGACCACGAGGGCCUCACGCUGGCGAGGGACGGUCCGACCGACGCCGCGAUGACGGGCCAGGCAUGCCGCGGCCAGACUCUCGGGAAGCCCGGCGGCCCGAUCCGCAGUGGGAGCUGCGCGACGCGGGGGGCCGGGGACCCCGUGGCGACCGCCGGGAGGACCGAGGUAGGGAGGACUAUCGCGUGGAGGACUUCCGGAAGGAGAGCUUCCGGAGGGAGGAUUUCCGGAGGGAUGACUUCCGGAGAGAUGAUUUCCGGAGGGAGGACUUCCCACGAGACGACCGCCGGGAUGACCCGCGCCGAGACGAGCCGCGGAGGAGAGAUGACUACCGGCGCGAUGAUUUCCGGCAGGAGGACUUCCGGCGUCCCCCACCGGGCAGGGAGGAGCCUCCCCGCGAGCCUCGGAGGGAUGACCGCAGAGACGAUUUCCGCCGAGAGGACCUCAAGGACCACCGACGUGGCGCUGCGGCGCCGCGCCGCGAGGAGAUCAGAGCCCCAGAUCCGCGUGGCCCGGAUCCGCGUCGGGAGGACUACCGUCGUGACGGUCCGCGGCGCGAGGAGAGGCCCGAGCGUGAGCGGGAGCGGUCCCACCGCGAUUUGCGGGAGCCGCGCGCGGACUUGCCCGCUCCGCGAGGCCCCGGGCCCUUGAAUAAGAAUAAUUCCGAUACUACUAACAUUGAUGUAAGCAGCAAGAAUACUAAUGCUAAUGGUAGCAGGGUUUCGGGGUGCUAUAUCAAAACUCAGGACUUUUGUUUGGGUUCUAGAAGAGUUGCGGGUUUUGGGCUGGAGCAGCCGCUUGCAGUACGUUUCAGGCUUACUUCAGGGUCUGAGGAUUUUUUUGGGUUUGCAGGUUUCAGAAGUUAUGGCUUGAGCGAUCUCUCCACUUGCUGCGGGAGUCUUUGA